AUGUCUAGUCUGGAUUUCUGCACGAUAUACACACCAACAGGACAGAUCAGUCAACUAUCAUAUGCACAAAAGGCUGCUGAUGCAGGAGAUACAUGCAUUGGAAUUAAAAAUGCGAAUGGGAUUGUGUUUGUAGUGGAAAAGCCAAAGGUAUCUGCUUUGUAUGUGUUGGAGUCAGAUGAGAGAAUAAAUAAAGUAAGCGAUUCUGUGAUGAUGGUGUGCAGCGGAGUGAUGUCUGAUAUGUUCUAUGUACCUCAUGCCAUAAAAGGCGAUGUAUUUAGGCAUAAGGAUGAUGUUGGAGAAGUGCCAUCAGCAGGAUUUAUGAAGAUGUAUCUUAAUCGACUAUUCCACUACUUCACAAGAAACAUUAACCUGCGAGUUCUUGGAGUGAAUGCAUUAUGCAGUGUGUACAAAGAAGGAAAAUUUUCGCUUUUGCAUACAGACUGUACGGGAAGGACUGUUUCAUACAAGGCAUCAUGCUUAGGAAAGGGAACAAGGAGAAUCAAGACAGAGCUUGAAAAGCUCGAUAUUGAUGGAAUGAGCAUUGAACAGAUGGUGGAGACAGGUAUCAAGAUGCUUUACAUUGCACAUGAUCCGUCUAAGGACAAAGCGUUUGACAUUGAGGUUGGAGUAAUGUCUUUACAAACAGAAGGAAAUCUGAAAAGGCUCGAGAUGCACGACAUUCAACACUUUGUUGAUAAGUAUAAAGACAUUUCAGCCGAUGAAGAUUAA